UGAAUGCAUUUCCUCCCAAAUGAAGAAGCCGGAAACGUAGAUUAGUCGAAACUCCCCAGCCCUAAAUCCCGCCAACACGGAAGCCCGCCGAUAACACCGAGGAAAUAAAUCAUUUAAAAAGGAACCCGCGCGUUUUUUUCGAUUGUCAUCGAAGUUUUAGAUAUACAAUUGAAUUGAAGAAUUGACGAUGAUUUCAAGUCCGAAAGACUUUGAUGCCCCUUAUUAGAGCUUCGUGCUCGCUCAGUCUGCUCUCCCUCCCGCCAUUCCUCGCUACUGAAGUGGCGCGUGGUGCACUCUCGUCGGUCGAUUCCUCCGUCUUCUGCCGGCGAUCGGCUUAUUCCCGGUCGUAACAAAAUUGGAAUAGUCGCUGGUCUGAUGCUCGCUUUUCACCGUCCUCGUCUAAGUUAGGGAGGUUUCCUGCCAUCGCUGUUUGUUUUCUCGUAACAUUGAUUAGGUUUUCUCCAUCCGUGUAUCUGGGGCAAAGCUUUUCCCAUUGAUGCUUCUUCUACUUCUCUCACAUCCACCACUCGUCCACAUAGCAAGGUAUAGCUGCAUUCUACUCAGCACUUCUCUACGGCGGAUGUCGGAUGAGGAUGGUUCAAAAAUUUGAUUGAUUUUGUUUAAACUGGCUUCGUGAAUUUUGCUGUUAACCCCUCUCCCUGAAGUAAAUCAUGGGGAGUGGAGAUAAUUUUAGCGAUGGGAUUGCGGAAACCCGUACUGCUCUGGCUGACUGCACGAAUCGGCCCCAGAAGAGGGCGUUUUCAUCGAUUUCGGUUGACCCGGCUCCUGAAUCUGGACAUGGGUGUUGUAAGAUUGAUAACAUUGGUGGGGAUUUACAUUUCUCAAAGAAAGCUUGUAUCGAAGGCAGACACGCUGCGGGCGAUUCGCAAGAAUUGGCAAAUCAUGACUCAGCAAAUGAAGAAAGGGACCGAAGUCUUCCCAAACUGGCCUCCUCCAAAUGUGGGGCAACUGAAUGUUCGAAAAUCUCUGGUUCACUGGAUUCCAAAUUUCCUGGGCUGGAAAGAUGUGUUGGACUUAAGGGCGGUGGCAGUGAAAAAUCAACCGAGGACGAGGAUCCUCUCAAAGCUUGCUCUUGUUUUUUCUGCUCUACUGCUGCUUAUAUGUGGUCGGACCUCCAUUACCAGGAUAUCAAAGGUAGAUUAAGCGCUUUGAAGAAGAGCCAGAAAGAAGCAGCAAAGCUGGUUCAGAAAAUUUCUGGAGCGAAGGAUAAUGCUGUGUACAGUCAACGAACUUCUGCGGACUCAUCAAAACUAGAAUUGGACCUAAUGGAUCAGUGGAGGUCACUGUUUGGUCAUAUGGAGAAUACCCUGGCUGACGAAAGUCGCCAGCUCUUCACUAUGCUGCAAGAAAAUAUUGAAUUCGUUUGUUGGUCAAGGGUAAGAAAGUCGUAUGUCAAAUGGGCGCUGGGUUUGCCCGAGCCAUGUUCUAAUUUUAACGUCUGCCGGAUCAGUAAUUGGAAUCAAGUUUUGAAAAACUUAAAGAUCUGAGGGAGAGCUUCAAGAAUGAUCAAGAGGUGAUUGACAAGAGGCGUUCUCAAAGUCGCUAGUGAUGAAAUGUUUCUUAUGUUGUAAGAUUGAUAUAUAUAUAUAUAUAUAUAUAUGUUUGUGCGCGCGCGCCCUUAUGUUAGUUUGUAUUCACUCACCAGUGUUUAUGGGUUGUUACAACGGACAAGGUACCUGUAGAGUACUUUAAAAUCAUAUAUCGAAACGUGUCGUUUCCUUCGUCAGACGUGAAACAAAUCUGCCUCUGGGAUUGCUGGCAUAUAUCUGAAGCCUUUGGAAUUGGGGAAUCAUUGAUGGUUCUGCUUCCACUUUGGUUCCAUUUGGUUGUAAGAUGAUUAAAAAAGAUAUGUAAAUUACAUUUAUUAGGAGAGGAAUUAUUAGUUUAUGAAUUGAAAAUUGUGAUUUAUAAAAUUUUUAAAGAGUAUAAUGAUUUUCACAUUUA